CGUGUUCACUGACGUUGUUGACGUCAGGAUUUCCGCAUCGCCAUGUUGGCGUCGGCGUUACCCAAGCGAUUUGUGGAAGGGGCAUUAUCAUAAUGGAAAGGACUCUCUGACCCUGGUGAAGCUUUCAUUUGACAGUACGCGAAUUCAAGAUGUUUUAUUACACGGUGAGGCUGUAAUCUUAGGUAGCAGGAAGGCAUCUUGAGACCUUGAGAUGUUGGCUCGUCUGUUCAGGCUCCAUGGCCUGCUGGUGGCCUCCCACCCGUGGGAGGUCAUAGUGGGCACCAUCGCUCUCACCGUCUGCCUCGUGUCUAUGAACAACCUGGCAACCAGCAGCCAGAUGUGCAGCUGGAAUGAGUGCCCCAAAGUCGAAGAGAAAAUCCACAGCAGUGACAUAAUUAUCCUAACAAUCACACGCUGCAUGGCCAUCGUUUAUAUCUAUUUCCAGUUCAAGAAUCUACGACAACUGGGCUCCAAAUAUAUACUGGGUAUUGCCGGACUGUUCACGGUGUUUUCCAGCUUUGUUUUUAGUACAGUGGUCAUACACUUUUUUGGGAAAGAGCUGACCGGUCUUAAUGAAGCCCUGCCGUUCUUUCUCCUGCUCAUUGACUUGUCCAAAGCUUGUGCAUUGGCCAAGUUUGCCCUCAGCUCAAACUCUCAGGAGGAGGUGAGGGAGAACAUCUCUCAGGGCAUGGCCAUCCUGGGCCCCACCUUCACCCUGGAUGCUCUGGUUGAGUGUUUGGUCAUUGGGAUUGGCACCAUGUCAGGUGUGCCUCAAUUGGAGAUCAUGUGUUGUUUUGGCUGUAUGUCUGUCCUGGCCAAUUACUUCGUCUUCAUGACCUUCUUCCCUGCGUGUGUCUCUCUGGUCCUGGAGCUGUCCAGGGAAAGUCGUGAAGGCCGUCCAAUCUGGCAACUGAGCCACUUUGCCCGAGUGCUGGCUGAAGAAGAGGACAACAAGCCCAAUCCUGUGACUCAGAGAGUUAAAAUCAUCAUGUCUCUGAGCCUGGCCUUAGUUCAUGCUCACACUCGACUAGCAGCUGAGCAUCCAGGUCAGAAUAGCUCGCUGGACGGGCCCAUAGCUAAGAGACUGGACUCUGGUGACACCAUGUGGCCUCCGAAGCUCAGCAGUAUGGACCUGGAGCAGGUGAUAACUCUCGGUCUUGCUCUGCUCCUGGCUGUGAAGUACGUCUUCUUUGAGCAAGCGGAGACAGAGUCUUCACUGUCCCUCAUGAGUUCUCCGACCCAGAAGCCCAGGGUGGCAGAGGACUGCUGCAGGAGGGACUUCCCAGCUCCGAAACUCCAGAUAACCAUGAACGGUACCAUAGCAACCAACCCUGCAUCGCCAGCUGUCUCAGACUCUCAACUUUCCCCUGAGGCCGACACGGUGUUCAGUGAACAGGAGGUGACUCUGCCUGCAGCGGCCUCGGUGGAUAAUGGCCCCUGUGUUUCAUGUUUUGGGGAGUCUCUAGCUCUGACACCUUGUGUUCCUCAAAGUAGCAGUAAUUCAGAGGCCCGGACGCUGGAGGAAUGUAUGGACAUCCUCUCAGAUCCCCAGAGGGGGCCCCGAUAUCUCAGCGAUAAAGAGGUGAUGAACCUGGUAACCUCACGUAACAUCCUGAACUAUAAACUGGAAGCUGUGCUGGAGACUCCAGAGAGGGGCGUGGCCAUCAGAAGGGAAAUGCUUUCACCCAAACUGCCUGUUCGCUCCGCUUUGGCUUCUCUGCCUUUUAAGGACUAUGACUAUUCAAAGGUGAUGGGCACUUGCUGUGAGAAUGUCAUUGGCUACAUGCCGGUGCCAGUUGGAGUGGCUGGUCCUCUUCUUCUGGAUGAGAAGCAGUUUUACAUUCCUAUGGCGACCACAGAGGGCUGCCUGGUAGCCAGCACUAACAGAGGAUGCAGGGCACUUUCUCUGAGUGGGGGUUGCCACAGCAGCAUCCUAGCUGACGGUAUGACCAGGGGUCCUGUGGUGAGGCUGCCCUCAGCAUGCCGGGCUGCAGAGGUCAAAGUCUGGCUUGAGACCUCGGACGGAUUCAGCAGGAUCAAAGAGGCCUUCGACCAGACCAGCAGGUUCGCUCGUCUGGAGAAGCUGCUGGUGGGCUUAGCAGGGAGGAACUUAUACAUUCGCUUCCAGUCUCAGACAGGAGACGCCAUGGGCAUGAACAUGCUCUCCAAGGGGACUGAGCAGGCUCUGCAAAGACUCCGGCAGCAGUAUCCAGACGUGGAGGUGCUGUCGGUCAGUGGCAACUACUGCACUGACAAGAAGUCUGCUGCCAUUAACUGGAUCCUGGGUCGGGGAAAGUCUGCGGUGUGUGAGGCCACCGUCCCUGCCAACGUGGUCAGGGAGGUGUUGAAAAGCAGCACAGCUUCUCUGGUGGAGCUGAACAUCAACAAGAACUUGGUGGGCUCGGCCAUGGCGGGCAGUAUCGGGGGCUUUAAUGCUCAUGCUGCCAACAUUGUCGCAGCCAUCUACAUCGCCUGUGGACAGGACCCGGCUCAGACGGUGGGGAGCUCCAACUGUAUCACUCAGAUGGAGCCUGCUGGGCCAGAAAGGGAGGACCUGUACAUCAGCUGCACUAUGCCCUCCAUAGAGCUGGGCACUGUGGGAGGAGGCACCAACCUGGCGCCCCAGCAGGCCUGUCUGCAGAUGCUCGGCGUCCAAGGUUCCAGUGCCAGCCAGCCAGGCGAGAACGCCCGUCAGCUGGCCCGUGUUGUGUGUGCCACCGUGCUGGCCGGGGAGCUCUCCCUGAUGUCCGCUCUAGCUGCUGGACACCUCGUCAAGAGCCACAUGGCCCACAACAGAUCUAGAACGACUCUGUCAGAAACACCUUCAUCGAAGUCUGAGAAAGCUGCGUGACAAAAUAAUGUUGAUAGUCCAUCUUCAGAGUCCGCCAGAUUGAAGGAGCGCUCCAGCCGACAGAAAACUUGAAUCGUCUCCUAAUGACGUUGUUCUGAAGCGAGUGCUGCGGGUCGUGGACAUCCAGACUAACGACCGGAGCCAACGUGUGCUUGCAUCGUGUGUCGACCCUGUUUGGGUUUCGUUAUGUUGAGGUUUAACUAUUUGUGCCAUGUGACUGCAUCUAAACAUUACGGUAGUGUUUUUCUUGUUAGCACUGAUCUUUCAGACGACUGUGAAUUAUUGAAUGGCGCAGUCCACCAUGCUCGUCAGAGUCUUAAGGCCAAAAGCAAAUUGCUUCUGCGAUCAUACAAAGGAAUGACAAAACUUCCACAUCUAUUGCCUGAGAAAUUGAUCUUUGCACUCGCCAAACGCUUGCUUCAGGCGUUACUGUGACAUUUGCUCAAGUUUAAAAUGCCAACUUUCUGCCUGAAUGUAUGUUGUACUAAAUCAGUGUUGUAGGAUAUAACUUGCACUAACCCUUCCUGAUUUAAGGUGCUGCUAUGUAGAAUGACAGUGGCUGCUGGUUCUAGGAAGGUUAAGCAACUGCUAAUGUGGUUUUUGUCAAAGUGACAAAAUGCUACAGGGCAGGUUGCUUCUUUGUGUUCAUGCGAAGAGGGAGACUGGAAAUUCAAAGCCAUAUUUAAUAAACUUGGUCAUGGUUCACUAUACGUGCAGCAUGAUCAGAGGAUUUAUUGCCGGGGGGAAGUUAAAGGCAUCACUGACUAAAGAGUCUGCAGCUUCUUGUAUCGUCCUUUUGGGACGUCUGAAGCUCAGACGUGGCCUUACGUACAGGACGUCUCGGAGAAGAUGAGCCUUAGCAUGUUCUAGAUAGAAUAUUCAAUUUUAAUUAUUCAUUUCUUUUUAAUAAAAAAGAAUUACACUAA